AAACAACAGUCAGAGCCGGGGAGAGGGAGUCUUGCAAGCAGGACUACUGUAGUUACAGGUUGGCAUUCUUCAGCUUCCUGAGAGGCCUUGAGACACCUGCCUUCUAGAAUUCCGUCCCCGAAUAAGCAAACUUUGGAUCUGCACACUUAUUCAGGAGAGCUGACCUUAACAUUUGCAGGAGAAGGACAUAACACCAGAGACCUUCAAAUUACCUUCCUGUAUUCCUUGCUGCCUAGACUGCCUGGAGAAGGUCAAUUGGACAAGAAAGCUGACCCGGAAUUUCUCCAAAAAAACCCAGCAUAAACAUUUUCAGGCUGACUUGAUGCACCCAUCUGGGAUAGAGACCGUCUUUGAAACACUGGGAAAGGCAAAAGAUCUCAUAAAGCACGGGCGAGAGAGGUUAGAACAGACGAUCAAGACUUCCAGUUCCAGACUGUGUUCCUAUGCUGAAAGGGUUGCCACCUUAAUGGACCGUUCCAAAAGCCAAGAUGACAGCCAGCCUUCAUCGCCAACGGACAACAUCAACCUUGGCCCUUCUGCUAACCCCAAUGCCAAGCCAACAGAUUUUGACUUCCUAAAGAUAAUUGGCAAAGGUAGCUUUGGAAAAGUCCUUUUGGCGAAACGCAAAUCUGACGGGAGGUUCUAUGCUGUGAAAGUUCUGCAGAAGAAAUCUAUUCUCAAGAAAAAAGAGCAAAAUCACAUAAUGGCAGAACGCAAUGUGCUCCUGAAGAAUGUGAAACAUCCUUUCCUCGUGGGGCUCCACUAUUCCUUCCAGACCAAAGAGAAACUAUACUUUGUACUGGACUAUGUAAAUGGAGGAGAGCUCUUCUUCCACUUGCAAAGAGAACGUUGCUUCUGUGAACCUCGAGCCCGAUUCUAUGCAGCUGAAAUGGCCAGUGCGGUGGGCUACCUCCAUUCACUGAACAUCAUCUACCGGGACUUGAAACCUGAAAAUAUUCUCUUGGAUUGUCAGGGCCAUGUUGUACUGACUGAUUUUGGACUUUGCAAAGAAGGAAUGGAGCCAGAGGAAACAACAUCUACUUUCUGCGGCACCCCAGAGUAUUUGGCUCCAGAAGUGCUGAAGAAACAGCCCUAUGACAGAACUGUAGACUGGUGGUGCCUUGGAGCUGUUCUCUACGAAAUGUUGUUUGGUCUGCCUCCAUUUUACAGCCGGGAUGUAUCUCAGAUGUAUGAUAAUAUUCUGCACAAGCCACUUCAGAUUCAAGGAACCAAGACCAUAGCAGCUUGCGAUAUCCUGCAGGGACUUCUCCAUAAAGAUCAGAAGAAAAGGCUGGGAGCCAAGACAGACUUUCUUGAGAUAAAGAACCAUGUAUUCUUCAGUCCAAUAAACUGGGACGACUUGUACAGUAAGAGGAUCACACCUCCAUUUGACCCUAAAGUGGCUGGUCCUGCUGAUCUACGGCAUUUUGACCCAGAAUUUACUCAGGAAGCGGUCUCCAGCUCCAUCAUCCGUACCCCCGACUUUGCUACCAGUAGUUGCAGUGCAACGGAUGCUUUUUUGGGAUUUUCUUAUGCACCGAAUGAUGAAGACUAAAGCAACCUAUGUCAACAAGGCUUGAGAAACCCAGUUUUUGCUCUCCAUUUAAACAGAGAGGAAGCCACUACUCUCUGACUAAUCUUCUAACUGGAACAGAACCAAGCUUUCCUUCCAUGACAUAUAAGACCUCAUAAUGUGAAUGCUCCUCUAAAGGAGGAAAUGUUGAUUAUUCUAGCUAGAGUUGUUUUAUUUGUACAGACUUGAACACAUUUAAUGAUACAAUCUUGUGCCAAAAUUGAUGUCCUCUUAUGAGAAUGCAGGCUAACCUCUGUUUGAAUUGCCACCCAAGGUAUUCUGGAUAACCAGCUGUUCUGGGCUCAGUGGGUUUAUAGUAGGUACACUACCUGUUCAGAUCUUUUGUCACCUUAGUUUGUGGUUCACCUCAACUGGGUCCAUGUACUGGCUACAUACUCUUAGGGAAUAGCCAGUGUAGUUCAUAUGUUGUUGGACUACAGUUCCCAUUGUCUCCAAGCUUUGGACAUGCGAGCAGGGGCUGAUGGGAGUUGUAGUCCAACAACUUUGGCUACUACAGGGGAUUCUUAGAAAAGACAUUUGGAACUAUCCAGAGAAUCCCCUCCCCAAUUCCUUGUAGCUGGUCCUUUUACAAAUUUUGCACAGGACUGUGUAUUUCCAAAUUGAUUGCCUCUGGAGCUUUCUUUCUUUCUUUUUUUCUUUUCAGUAUUAUGAACCACAGGUGAUGCCACCUACAAUUUGCAUGAGUGUUUCUUUUCACAGCUGAAAGCAUUGCUCUCCAGCUAAAUGGCACUGAUGGGAGCAGCUCUAUCGCACCACACCUGUGCUAGAUAUAGUGAUUUGUGAUUUUAACUUGGAAAUGUUGAUAGCACACUGCAUACAUUUUUAGUAAUUGUAUUUAUUUCCCCCUUAUAUCUGGAAGGUGUAUAGUGAUAUAAGCAUCUGGUCAUAACUACCUCUUUACUGCAUAGAUAGAGAACAGCCAAUGGAUUUUCUUUUUACAAAGAUAAAGUAAGGAAAAUAUAGGUUUGUUGUUUUUUUUUGAAAAGACCUGCCUAUUAAGAACUCCUGAGCAGAGAUGAAUUGUACCAAUGUGUGAUCUUUUAUUUACAAAACUAAGAGCUGGUGCAACUAUAGCUGCCACAGGGAGUAGUGUCAUUAUCCUUAUUAUAUAAAAAAAUGUUACCUGUCCCAGGGUGUUUUUAUGGAACCCUUUAAUCAUUGAUCUCCUAGUCAAAAUCAUUUAAAAUUAUAUAUUCUUCUUAUGCUGGUAAGGGAUCUUCCUACAAAACAUGGAUAUAAAGGUAUUGGAUUAAGUAACGAAGCAGGCUGACUCUACAAAUAAAUUUCCCCUGUUACCAGCUAAAGGUAAAACACAUCCACCCUGAUGAAUUAUGAAGGUGGGAUGUGUUGAGGUGACUAGAAUGGGCUGCCAGUAUACAUAUAAGCACAAGUGUGAAUGUCAUUGCCAACCUGAAAUAACGCAGAAUGAUACUUUUUUAUUUUGCUAUUUAAAACAGCACAAGGAUCAAGGUGCAAACUUGGGGUGUGGAGAAUUCAACUGUGAUAAUAUAUACUACAGAAAUAACUGCCAGUUUUGGUGCCUUUGUACCUCUUAAACACCUGCCUUUAAAAACACAACACAACACUAUGUCCAUGUUUAGCUUGAAAAGCAUCCACCACCUCUGUGCAUUUUAAUUUUUAGACACUAUGGAUGUUUAGCUAUGUGUUAAGAAAUGUGUCUAGUGUCCAAGCUUGCUGUGGGAUUUUCUUUUUGCUUGCUUGCUUGUGUUUGUUGUCAAGGCUAUGGUGGGGGGAAAUGUAAUAGUGCUUGCAUGACUGCUCCUCUUUGAGUGUCGUGGAUAUGCUGUUAUAACUCCAUAAUCAUGUUGAAAGAUCCUUGCAUUUUCUCUUACG